AAAUAAUCUAAACUUUACAAUCUUUUCAGUCUCCUCAUCCUAUCUUAUAUUAUCUAUUUAUAUCUCUCUAUACAUAUUCCAACUUCUCAGGUUCACUUUAUCCCUCUCCCUGUUUUCCAAGAAUUCAAUAUCUUACUAUACUUUUAUCAUAUCAAGAAUCACUUUUUCUCUGUUUGUUCCCUUCUUUCUGCAAAAAUAAAUAAAUAAUUGCACCCACAAGGCCAUAAUACACAGAUCUGUCACUUACCCAUGAAUGUUGAGUCACAUUUCUGAGUUGGGGUGUGGUUAUUUUUUCUGAAAGUAUACAAUGGGUGUUGAAUAUCAUGAGGUAUUUAUAAGGAAUUCAAGAGGUGUACAACUCUUCACUUGUAGAUGGUUGCCCUUUUCUUCUCCAAAAGCCCUUGUUUUCCUUUGCCAUGGUUAUGGCAUGGAAUGCAGUAGAUUCAUGAGAGGUGUUGGGACAAAGCUGGCAAAUAAUGGAUACGCGGUGUUUGGAAUAGAUUAUGAAGGUCAUGGACGGUCAGCAGGUGCGCGCUGUUACAUCAAAAAGUUUGACAACAUUGUCAACGACUGCAGCGAGUUUUUCAAGUCAGUUUGCGCGCAGGAGGAGUAUAGAGAGAAAACACGGUUUCUGUAUGGGGAGUCGAUGGGAGGGGCCGUGGCUCUUUUAACACACAAGAAGGAUCCUUCCUUUUGGCAUGGUGCUCUUCUGGUUGCACCGAUGUGUAAGAUAUCUGAGAAGGUGAAGCCUCAUCCGAUGGUUAUAAGCUUACUAACUAAAGUGGAGGAUGUAAUACCAAGAUGGAAAAUAGUCCCGACAAAGGAUGUCAUUGAUUCGGCCUUCAAGGAACCCGCUAAAAGGGAAGAGGUACGCGGGAACAAGUUAAUAUAUCAGGCAAAGCCAAGACUAAAGACAGCGUUGGAAAUGCUGAGAACCAGCAUGCACCUUGAGGAAAGUUUGCACGAGGUCACUCUACCAUUUUUAGUGUUACAUGGAGAAGCAGACAUAGUAACUGAUCCAGAAGUAAGUAAGGCUUUAUACGAGCAAGCGAGUAGCAAGGACAAGACUAUAAAACUCUAUCCAGGAAUGUGGCACGGUUUGACAUAUGGUGAGCCAGAAGAAAACAUUGAAAUCGUCUUUUCAGAUAUCAUCUCGUGGCUUGACAAGCGAAAUGGAGAGAGUAUUGAUGAUGAUGCUAGUUUAAUCGAGAGAUCAGUUUGUCUAGCUACAUCUACUCCUCCAUAUGAGAUGCUCACAAUUUCUUCACCUAUAACAAUGAAAGAAACAAAACCACAGAGAACACGUCCCCAAGCUAAUUAUCUGUGUGGAUGGAAAGGACGUCGGAUGCAUCAUCAUUCAUCUAUGUAGAAACUUGAUCGAUAGAUGUGGCGUGUUGCAUCUCCUUCAUUUGUUCAUUCGCGUUACGGUGUUAUUUAUGAAGGAAGUGGAAAAUAACAUGUUUUCCAGAUAUAUUGUAAGAUGCAAAAUCUCAAGAUAUCUUAAUGUUUGUGUAAACUUGUUGCUCAAUGAUGGUUACACUUUUUGUUUUG